UUAUAAAAGAUCUCUCUAGUCUUCUCCAAUUCCCUUCCACCACAGUUAUGGACUUCUAAUUCCACACCCAGAAAAACCCAAAUUCUCUCUCUCUUUUUCUCCGUUUCUAGGCUUUCUCUAACACAAAAACAUGGAAAACUACUCGUAUAAUUCAUACCCAGAUUCCGGCCACUCCUCUCCUCGAUCGCGGGAAAUCGAAUUCGAGAAUCCGACGCCAUGGGAGGACCAAUCUCAACAAGCUCAAGAUUACAAAGCUAAGUUUAUGUGCAGCUAUGGUGGCAAGAUCCAUCCUCGCCCACAUGAUAAUCAGCUCUCUUACAUUGGUGGAGAGACCAAAAUUCUCGCCGUUGAUCGGAAUAUCAAGUUCAACGUCAUGAUCAGCAAACUCGCCGCCCUUUGUGGCGACACGGAUAUUUCUUUCAAGUAUCAGCUUCCAGGUGAAGAUCUUGACGCGUUGAUCUCUGUUACGAAUGAUGAUGAUCUUGAACACAUGAUGAAUGAGUAUGAUCGUCUUUAUCGAGCUUCUGCUAAACCUGCUCGUAUGAGGCUUUUCUUGUUUCCGGUCAGCCCUUCUCCCGCGGCGAGUUUUGGGUCCGAGGGAUCUAAAUCGGAACGAGACCGCUUUGUUGAAGCUUUGAAUUCGGGUCCGAGUCAUGUACCCGAGACCAACAAACCGGCUCCGAAUAACGUUGAUUUCUUGUUUGGGUUAGAUAAGGGUGUUGCUCCGGCUCCACCGCCAGUGAAAGUGGCUGAUUUACCAGAAGUGCAUCCAGGUGUCGUUCAUGAUGAUCGGGUAAUCGGGUCGGAUCAUGUGAAUAUACAGACCCAGUUGCAGAGAAUGCAGAUUAGAGAACAGGAACAGCAAAAUAUGUAUAGGAAAAACAGUGAUGACAAUUUGGUAGGCGGGUACCCUGGCGAGUAUUACGUUCAGAAAUUACCGGAAAAAGUUCCUCCGGUGAAUUUACCCGUUAAUGUCCAGCCAACAGUAACUGCUCCUGCUGGAUAUUGGCCUGAGAAACAGAUCGCCACAGGAGGAUAUCAACCUGCUCCGGUGACUGUAACAACGACGCCAGCUCCGCAGGAGCAACAGGUUUACAUGAUGGCCGGUCCAGCUCCGGGCACUGUUUAUCACACUCCUGUAAUGCGACAGGUCGCCGGCCAAACAGGUCAACCGUAUUACAUGCAAAGAAUGGGAGGACCUGAAGUUUAUCGGGAACAACCGAUAUACAAUAUGGUCCCACCACCGCAACAACAGCAACCAACAAUUACCGCAGGACCGGGACCUAUGGGGGUAGUGAGGCCAAGUGGGGCCGGUGUAGGGAUGACAGAUGCAGGUUAUGCACAAAUGGCGUAUGAUAACGCAGUUGGUAGGCAAGUGUACUACACUGCGCAGGGAGGUGUAGUGCCGCAACAACCACAAUAUCAGGGAGUUGGUGGGGUGGCAGUAAGUGGGGAAAUGAGACAUAUGGGUGGUGGCGGCGGUGUUGGUGUUGCUGCUGGGGGUUUGAAUCAGGAUGGUAAAGUUAUGGUUUCAAAGGUUUCACAAUCUUCAGUUUGAUUAUUAUGAUAAACGAAACUAUAAAUAGGUUACAAAGGUUUGUUAGAUGUUGCAAUCAAUCAAUCAAUUGCUCAGCUAUAUUCACUAAUUCAUGUACAAAUAUACAAAUUGUUUGUAAUGAAUUUGAUUAUUCAGUGUGUUUUCUCGAUUGAGGUAUA